AUGAUUACGCCUGACUUGCGCAAAGAACUCACCAAGCAAGGCUACAAACUGAUUGGCUCGCAUUCGGGAGUGAAACUCUGCCGAUGGACUAAGUCUAUGCUUCGUGGAAGAGGUGGAUGCUACAAAAACGCUUUUUACGGCAUUGAAAGCCACCGAUGCAUGGAGGCGACGCCCAGUCUGGCCUGUGCCAACAAGUGCGUCUUCUGCUGGCGUCACCACACCAAUCCAGUGGGCACCGAGUGGAAGUGGAACCUCGACGAGCCUGAGCUGAUUGUCGAGGGCGCUCUCAAGAGUCACUACGCCAUGAUCAACGAGUUCAAGGGCGUUCCCGGCGUGCAGGAGGGACGGCUGAAGGAGGCGAGCACCGCUCGGCACUGUGCCCUCUCGCUGGUGGGCGAGCCCAUCAUGUACCCGAAGAUAAACGCCUUUGUGAAGCUGCUUCACGAGCGAGGUGUGUCCACCUUUCUGGUCACUAAUGCCCAGUUUCCGGACGCCAUACGCGCCCUCGACCCGGUGACACAGCUGUACGUCUCGGUGGACGCCUCCUCAAAGGCAUCAUUGAAAAAGAUUGAUCGUCCGCUCUUCAGGGACUUCUGGGAACGGUUCAUCGACAGUUUGAAGGCACUAGGAGAGAAGGGUCAGCGGACCGUGUACCGCUUGACGCUGGUCAAAUCGUGGAACAGUGAUGAUGUGGAAGGAUAUGCAAGACUGGUUUCCUUUGGAUUUCCCGAUUUCAUCGAAAUCAAAGGCGUCACCUUUUGCGGCAACACCUCAAGUACCGCCAAUCUCACCAUGAAGAAUGUGCCCUGGCACGAAGAGGUGGUCAGCUUUGGGACGGCUCUUAUGGAGAAGAUCAACCAAAUGGAGGCGCAGAAGCAGCUCGGCUUGAAAGGCUCCGCUGGCUUUGAUGCCACGCCACUCUACGGAAUUGCCUGCGAACACGAGCACUCUAACUGCAUACUGCUGGCACAUCGCCGUUUCCACAUUGAUGGUGCCUGGAACACCUGGAUUGACUACGCCAAGUUCAGCCAGCUCAUUGGCGAGUAUUACCAGUCUAAUGGCGAGAAGACCUUUAGUUCACUGGACUACGUUCAGCCGACACCAGCUUGGGCUGUGUAUGGUGCCAGUGAGCGAGGCUUCAAUCCCAAUGACACUCGCUUUCGUCGCAACAAGUAA